AUGGGGCAAGGAAACCAAACCACUAUUUCAGAAUUUAUUCUCCUAGGACUGUCAGAAGAGGAAGAGUUGAAGCCUCUCCUGUUUUGGAUGUUCCUGUCCAUGUACCUGGUCACCUUCAUUGGAAAUCUUCUAAUUAUCUUGGUCAUUAUCACUAACUCCCACCUCCACAUGCCCAUGUACUUCUUCCUCUCCAACCUCUCUUUAGCUGACAUCUGUUUCACCUCCACCACCAUCCCAAACAUGCUGGUGAACAUCCACAAACAGAGCAAGGUCAUCACCUAUGAAGGCUGUCUCAGCCAAAUGUAUUUUUUCAUGCUCUUUGGAGGAUUAGACAACUUCCUCUUGACAGCAAUGGCCUAUGAUAGGUUUGUGGCCAUCUGUCGCCCCCUACACUACACAGUCAUCAUGAACCCCAUCUUCUGCAGUGUCCUGAUUCUGGCAUCCUGGUUAUUGAGUGUUCUGGAUGCUCUAUUACAUGGCUUAAUGAUUUUGCGACUAUCUUUUUGUAUGGAGCUGAAAAUUCCUCAUUUUUUCUGUGAACUUAAUCAGGUGGUUCAACUGGCUUGUUCAAAUACCUUCCUCAACAACCUAUUGAUGUAUUUGGCAAGUGGACUUCUGGGUAUUAUUCCACUCACUGGUAUCCUGUUCUCUUACUCUAAGAUUGUAACAUCUAUUUUAAGAAUUUCAUCAGCUGGGGGCAGGUAUAAAUCAUUUUCCACAUGUGGGUCUCACUUGUCAGUUGUCUUCUUGUUCUAUAGUACAGGACUGGGAGUGUAUCUUAGUUCAGCUUCUUCCCAAAACUCCAGGGCAAGUGCAAUAGCCUCGGUGAUGUACACUGUGGUCACACCCAUGCUGAACCCCUUCAUCUAUAGCCUGAGGAAUAAGGACAUAAAACAGGCCCUGGUGAAACUCUUCAGAUAAAAAACAGUCUCUGCAUAA